AUGGCUAGUAAGUUCUACGUAGACAGUCAUCGUGUACAAUACAAUGAUAAAAAGAACAACAUUCUUGCUACUUAUAACUACGAGACUAGCCACGUAAAGAAGGAUGCAGAUGGAAGGACUAAUGUGACGCCAGUAACUACCAUAUUGACUUUAAAGACCAAUGUAAAUAUACCUCGAGUCGGUUGCAUGCUCGUUGGGUGGGGAGGCAACAAUGGAUCAACUCUAACAGCCUCUGUGUUAGCCAACAAACUAAAUAUUUCUUGGAGAACUAAGGAUGGAGUAAAGGUUAGUAUAAACUUAUACAUUCAAAACUAUUAUGGAUCAAUAACUCAAGCAUCAACGACGAGUCUUGGUAUUGGACAAGAUGGUAAAGAUGUGUAUGUUCCUCUUAAAGAUCUCUUGCCUAUGGUUAAUCCAAAUGAUAUUGAAUUUGAUGGAUGGGACAUCUCCUCUGCUAACAUUGCUAAAGCCUGUGAACGAGCUAAGGUCUUAAAUAUCAGUAUUCAGGAUCAGUUACGUCCUCACUUAGAAAAAUUAAAACCUAGGCCAUCAAUAUAUUGUCCUGACUUCAUUGCUGCUAACCAGCUCACAAUGUUAUGUCCAUGUAUUGUACUCUGGACAGCUUAUACUGAAAGGUUCUGUGACAUGUACAUAAAGGUAUCUGAUGAUACUGCCAAUAACUUAUUGGACUCCAUUAAACGCAAUGAGGAUCAAAGCAAGAGAUAUCAUAUAUCCACAUUAUUUGCUGUUGCUAGCAUCUUAGAAGAGACUACGUAUAUCAAUGGAUCUCCUCAAAAUACAUUUGUACCUGGUUGUAUUGAGCUGGCUGAAAAACACAAAGUCUUCCUUGGAGGUGAUGACUUUAAGAGUGGACAAACUAAAAUGAAAUCAGUCAUUGUUAAUUUCUUGGUAUCAGCUGGACUGAAGCCUACAUCUAUUGUUAGUUACAAUCACCUUGGUAAUAAUGAUGGUAAAAACUUGUCAGCUCCUCAACAGUUUCGAAGUAAAGAGAUCUCCAAGAGUAAUGUUGUGGACGAUAUGGUACAAUCAAAUGACGUCUUGUAUAAACCACAGGAAAAACCAGAUCACACUGUUGUGAUAAAAUAUGUCCCAUAUGUGGGUGAUUCCAAACGUGCUAUGGAUGAAUAUACAUCUGAAAUUUUUAUGGGUGGACUAAAUACAAUAGUUUUACAUAACACUUGCGAGGACUCCCUUCUUGCUUCUCCUAUUAUACUUGAUCUUGUCAUCAUUGCUGAACUCUUUGAGAGAAUCCAGGUUAGAAACUGUAGAGGGGGCGACUUUGAACAGUUUCAUUCUGUUCUUUCCAUUUUGAGUUAUCUUCUCAAAGCUCCUAUGGUCCCUCCUGGUACUCCUGUAGUAAAUGCUUUGUUUCGUCAAAGAGCUUGUAUUGAAAACAUCUUCAGGAGCAUGUUGGGUUUACCUCCUUUAAAUCAUAUGCUAUUGGAACACAAGAUACCUCAGCUUAUGAAAACAAUUUAUCCCUCAUCCUGUUGCCAGGGUGACAUCUGCUCCUGCUAA